AUGUACACGUUGGAGAGGUUAGCACUCAUAGCCCAGAAAGCAACAGUGCAAGGAUGGAGUAACAUUUUCCGCGGAAUCAAGUCGUCAACUCCACAUCCUCCACUCAAGGAUGACAAACUUGCUCGAAAGAUCGGGAAUAGUCGGUCACACAACUAUCUUCGGGUCUUUUCUUGCGAGGAUGCACUCCAAGUUGGAGAGCGUGUCGAGUCGACUCCUUGGCAAACCCUCAUGCAAGUUUCAGUGUACACCGAUCGCUAUCACGAGGACAUGAGCACACUUGCAGAGCUUGAUCCCGUGAAAGUAAUAUGUCAAGUCAUCACAUUCUCUGCGAACUCUCUUCAGUUGCAUCGAAAGAGAUAUUUGAGUGAAAUACCUCAAGUCUUAUUUCCCCAUCUUUUCCCCGAGGACAGGAGCACACUUGGGGAGUUUGAUCCCGCGGAAGCAGUUCGUGUUAAGUCGACUCUUCUACAAUUUCUCUUCAGCUUCACCCAUGUAAACAUCAUAGAUGAACUUGCCUACAACCUGAACACCGUAGUCUUCCUCAAAAAACAAAGCCAGAGGGAAAGAUCGGGAGAAUAUCAUUGCCUCCAUCGUGUCAUGCUCAUAUUUUCUCGAUCUUUCUUGCGGACAAUAUAUCUGGAGAAUCAGCGUCACAUGCACAAGAGUGACCUACAAGAUGAGGAAACAUUGACAUCGGGUCAAAUAUUCAUGGUACAUACCGGUACCAACAACCCCGUAGUUGAAUGGAGCAGUACUUUAGUAUGUGUAUCAAAAAGGCUCCACCGCACAAAGCACGGUGAAGAGUGGAAGAACAUCAGGACUCAUCAGACAAAUUUUACCUUGCCAAAGAAAGUAGGACGGAACACGCGGGCCCGUGGGUCGUCACUGUUCACGAAAAGCGACGGGCGACGCAAAAGGCUAACCAAACACUCCCAAACAAUCGGAACUCUUGCACCAGUUGAAAUCAAAACUGGCCAAAUUAUCAUCACGCAAAAGACAGUCGGCAUCUAUUUUGAUAAGUACCUCAACCACCUCCCUGCCUUGUACAGACAUAUCCUCUAUCUCCCCUAG